AUGUCCAAGGCUGGUCGACCAGAGCAAUUGUGGAGCAUCCAAGCAAGUUUCUGCGAGGACCAAGAAGUCGAAGGUGGCCAGGUAGAGUCCAUCAAGGACGAGCUUCUAGGCGCCGGCGACGUGGUGCUGGUGGAGGGCAUCGACUCCAUCCAUGGCGCCGUCUUGGCCACGAUUCUGAAGGAGGAGAACGGGAAGUGCGAGAUCAAAUAUUUCGAUCCCACGGAGAACCGAAUCGAGACCAUGUCCAAUGUUCCACUGUCCAAGUGCAAAAAGACCGCUUCUUGA